AUGUACAUGAGAACCACCUCCAAGAACACCUCGGAUCAGAAGCCCUUCAUCCCUGCCUACACAACCUCUCCAGCGCGAGCGAACCCCACAGGCCUGAAAGCAGCAGACCGCGGCAUUGACUGGGAACUCUCGGAUGGCAACCCCGAUGUCGCUAGAACGGUUGGAGGCCCUCAGCACCCUUCCCUCGACUCCAGGGAUGUUGGACGGAAGACCGGACAACAACAGCCACCAUCAGCCACCACAAAAGGGAAGACGAGGCUAGCGGAUGAGCGUGACCGGGUGCAGAAGAAAACCUUCACAAAAUGGGUCAACAAACAUCUCAUCAAGGUGAGGAAGCACAUCACGGACCUGUACGAGGACCUGAGGGAUGGACACAACCUGAUCUCGUUGUUGGAGGUCCUCUCUGGAGUCACGCUGCUGCAGAGGAGUGGGCCCCUGUCCAAGCGGCUGUCAGUGUCCAGAGCUCCUCCUCUGAUCCUGCUGGGGACAGAGGAAGAGGAGGAGGAGGAAGGAGCAGAAGGACCCAGAGAAAAGGGGCGGAUGAGAUUUCACAGACUACAGAACGUGCAGAUCGCGCUGGACUUCCUGAAGCAGAGACAGGUCAAACUUGUCAACAUUCGGAACGAUGACAUCACAGACGGAAACCCCAAACUCACCCUGGGCCUCAUCUGGACCAUCAUCCUCCACUUCCAGGUGACAUCGCCCGGCCGGUAUCCACGGCAACGGCAGCAGCGCAGUGAGCAGGACGUCCCGACAGGAGCGUGA